AUGCGCCCAAAAAAAGCUCGUUCACGCACUGCGAAUACCGUGGAGAGCAGACAAAUGGGACAGGCAGGAGCUGGCUCAAUGGUGCUACGUGUCUUCAAUCAUCUGACGCGUAUAAUCCGCAGUUACGAAUCCAAGUUUGUGAAACCAGAGGAGACUUUUGACAAUGUAGUUAGCGAAUACGCGCAAUCGUCGUACUUUUCGGAAACAGCACCACACACAGCAACCGGGAGUUUGCUUUUUCCUUCGACCGCUUUGGAUCAAGAAGCACCCAUGGUGAGAGAUGAUCACUGUGGAUAUGCUGACACCUGCUUCCAGGACCUCUUCAAUGACGAUCACGCGGUUCGACAAGGGUGUUUCAUGGACAUGCUUCAGGAGGACAUUAGCAAUAUGUAA